AUGGCUUCAAAGAGUGCCUACCACCAGCACGUGGACAGGAUUUCGGAACGCAAACCCAGCCUUGCCGCCCUAUGUCAGUUCCUGUCCAAUGCCAACACCGUUAAAGGGCCAUGUCGCAUCGUCCGCUUAGACUUUUUGGAGGGCAAAGAAAAGCCUGUUGCAGCUGAACUCGAUUACGGCGGUCUUUGCUCAACUCUUCUCAAAGAUGAUAUCGGCAAGCUGGCGGAUUGCGAUAAUGACCAGGGUUCUACGAGCAGUGAAAAGUGGGAACAGAUCCAAGGACGGAUUUUGCUUGUUGAAGACCUCGAUAAGAGAACGAUAGAGCUACUGGGUCAGCAUCUGGACAUCGAUCCCAUGUUCUUCGCCAGCCACUUGCACUUGCCGUGGAGAGAUAUCCAAGAUCGAGAACCUGAGGAAUGCACGUUGCCAUCCCAAGUCAAGCGGCAAUCGUUCACGAAUAUUCACUAUCACAGACCUGUUCUAUUCGAUAGUAUGCCACCCACGGGGGAACUCUCACGCCACAUGAAUGUGGAUCGAAAAGUCGUCGUCACCCCAAUAUCGAAGGACCGAUACGUUGGGCUUGUCCGACACUGCGCUUCUGUCUUACUGCGCCGGCGUAAGACCCAUUGGCUAGGACUUGUGCUAGUCGAUCGACCUACCAACGACGAGUACCUGUACAGUGCAGAGAGAGGUGGACCGUCCAAGUCAAUCAGCUUACCGUCGAGAUUAUUGCUCGGCGGUUAUGAGGAUUUCCUCGAUUCGCCACCAGUAGGACAGGAAGGUGCACAGGGAGGUCGCUCUUUAAACCGCCUUGGCCUGCUCAACGACCUCCGCUUCUACUGGUGUUUUCAGGUCCCUGAAUCUUUCAAUCCUGCCAACCCAUCUUUGCAUGCCCUCGCCUACUAUCCGCUGAGGAUAGUGGCUGCAGAGUGGAUGAAGUAUGCAGGUAUCAUGUAUCGCGCUGUGAAGCAAUUCGAAUACUCGACUUCAGUAAAGGACAUCCGAGACGAGCUAGAGAAGUUGAAUUCGGACAUGCGAGCUCUGCAACGUUGGCGCCGUGGCUCGAUGUCCUCGGAGCAUAAGAUCGAAGCGAUUAUACGCAUGCUGAAGGCCGAGAGACCCGGAGUUCCGCCCAGCAGCGACUCAGCUUCUUUAAUAGAAGACUUCGAGUAUAUUCUCGCCACAGUGCAGAAACUUGGCCGCCAUCUCGAAAGCAUGCUGCCGGUUGUCACAUCUCUUGUCCAGAUCAUCGAUAGUCGGAGGUCCUUCGAUGAAACCGCAAAUGUCAGUCGCCUGACCAUCAUGGCUCUGAUCUUUGUGCCAUUGGCCUACAUAUCUUCUCUUUUUAGUAUGAGCGAACAGCUGGGACCAGGCGGUCCUUACUUUUGGGUUUAUUUUGUAGUGGCAAUCCCUCUCACGGUCGCCGUUGUUUUGGUCGCGAAGCUGCCGCUCGGAAUGCUUGAAAGAGCGACGUGCUGCGUGCGAUGGCGAAGGGGAUCGGCGCAGGGGACGAACGUCAUUGAUCACAAGGGUUUGAUGAAGACGGAGGUGUAA